UGUCUGUAGAAUAUUGUAAUGAUGAGAUAAAUAGAAUGUUUUAUUAGUAUGCUAUGUAAAUGAUGUCUGUAGAAUAUUGUAAUGAUGAGAUAAUUAGAAUGUUUUAUGGGUAUGCUAUGUAAAUGGUGUCUGUAGAAUAUGGUAAUGAUGGGAUAAUUAGAAUGUUUUAUGAGUAUGCUAUGUAAAUGAUGUUUGUAGAAUGUGGUGUAAUGAUGAGAUAAUUGACUGUUUUAUGAGUAUGCUAUGUAAAAGAUGUUUGUAGAAUGUGGUGUGAUGAUGAGAUAAUUAGAAUGUUUUAUGAGUAUAAUAUGUAAAUGGUAAUAAUAGUGAUCCACAUGGGGUAUGUGAUUCGCGCAGUUUUGCUAUUUCUGUGAUACAAUAUAGGCAUGUAAGAUAUGUGGGUAUUUAUCGAAAAGCAUCCCAAAUAGUUGUAGCAUAAUUACUAAUAUUAUUAAUAAUGUGAUCAUUGACAUUUAUAUAAUUUGUUUAUCUUUAAGCUACGGAAUCAACAACACCGGUUCCAGGUACAGCACUCCAAUUGGGUGAUGAUUGUAGUAAUAGAUUACUGGGGGGGUGUGCUGGUGAGAAUUCAGCGUGUGUUACUAAUCAAGAUGGCGUCGGUACAUGCAAAUGUAAAAAUAAUUACGUCAUAGUGACAGUUUCCGGUGAAAAAAAGUGUGAAGAAGCGCCGGCAAGAUUAUUUGAACAGAAAUAUCAUUUUAUAGCUGUACAUGUAGAUAAAGCACCAGUCCAAAGUUUCUCAAUACCCUUGUAUAUAGAUCCAAGAUAUCCGAUUGUCUACGAUCUUGUAGAUCUGAUACCAAACAAGGAUUUCAUUACUGCUUCUCCAAGUAAAUCCUUUAUAACUUUAAAUAUAAAUAUACCCAACACCAGCGUAACUGAAUCAGAAAAAUUUAUGGUUCAAGUGGCCGCCAGAAUCGAUACAGUCAAAAUUCUGGAUUCCAUCUUUGUUGAAUUGCGGGUGCUUGGGAACAAUAGUUUCACACAAGGAAGCACAGAAGAAGGGGUUAUAAAUAACACGGUGAAUGGUUCCUUAUACAGAGACAAUUAUACAGAUUUUGAAUUUGAUGAUAAAUGUGAGAAAGAUUUCAUCGUAAAUAAAAAAACCGGAGAGGUUACCACAAAGAAAGCAUUGGACAGAGAAAAAAAACAUGAAUAUGAUUGUCAAGUAAAAGCGAAACGAAUUGGUGAAGCUAUUCUUAGGGACCUAGGGGAUAUGAAAAUAACGGUACUUGAUGUUAAUGACAAUCCACCAGUCUUUACCCAAGAAUAUUAUCAAGGAAUCAUUGAAGAAAAUUCACCAAAAAACACUAAGGUGAAAUUGCAGCAUCCCAUAGCAUCAACAGACAAGGAUGUCAGCCCAAAUAACAACGUGUCUUACACCAAAAUCAAAGGUAGUAAUAAAUUCCAAAUACAACAGUUGGUCGACUCUAGAGAAAUCGAAAUCUGGUGUUCAGAAGAACUGGACAGAGAAGCAGAAGCGUGGUAUUAUUUAUCAAUAGAAGCGACCGAUGGCGUAAACACAACCACGGCGGGUCUGAAUAUAACAGUUUUAGAUGUAAACGAACCACCACAAUUCACUAAAACGUUUUACGAAUUUAAUGUCACCGAAGGGGAGCGAGACAUAUUUGUUGGUGACGUUUCGGCCAUAGAUAGUGACGCAGAUGAAAAGGGAGAUGUCGUUUACAGUAUAAAGAAUGGGGCGUUCGAUAGCUUCCAUAUUGAAAACAAUGGUUCCUUAUACUUUAAGGGUAGACGAGGCAACUUAGCUUUAAAUAUAAUCAAUAGACGAUCCUACGACUUGACAAUAACGGCUACAGACAGAGAAGGCUCCACCAGUCAAGCAGAUGCCAUGGUUCGUGUAACUGUGCUAGAUCAAAAUGAAGUCCCUGUCUUUGAAAAAUCUUCUUAUUCGUUCAGUGUUUUUGAAGGGACCUCUUGCUUAACUAACAUUGGUGUUAUGAAUGCCACUGACAAUGAUGAUGGAAUGAAUGCAGUACUGGAAUAUUUCCUUGAGGGUGAUGGCGCUUCUAUGUUUGAAAUAGGUACAGAUUCUGGUAUAAUCACUUGCAAAAACGAACUGGACUACGAACAUAUGACUAGUAGAUCUACCACAUUUGGAGUAAGAGUAAGUGACAAAGGCUACCCAUCCCUAACUGCUAGUACUACGGUAACCGUUAAAGUAGAGGACGUUAACGAUAAUUCACCAACACUUUCCGCUACAUACACUACCGAUGUCUUCGAUGCUGAUAUCAAGAAGCCCGGUAAACCCAUAAUUGUCAUAGAUGCACUAGACCAUGAUUCUGGCAAAAAUGGAGAAGUAACCUUUGAUAUCAUUAACAGUUCGGCCGUUGGUUUGUUCAACAUUUCCUCUUUUGGACUUGUGAGAGUCGCCACCAAUAUUGUAGAACCGAUCGCUCCUCUAUAUAAUUUGAGAAUCAAUUGCAGUGACUUAGGUAUUCCUCCCUUGAACACUACCACCUAUUUAACUAUUUCUGUCAAAUCUGUUACUACACAGACGGUCUCUUUCGAUGCCAUCGACCUUCAUUUUAAUUUGGAAGAGGAACAAGCUUACCAGAAUACUACCGUCGCCAUCGGCUCUGUUGAACGGUUCGUCAUAAACAAUAAUUCAGACAUAACUUUUAAACUGGUGGGUGAACCCAUCCUAGGUAUCAAUAUGUCUGAUAACGGUACAUUAAUGGCGUACAAUAAACAUUUUGACAGAGAAAAAAGAGAUCUAUAUGAAAUCAUCACCAGAGUUUACGACAGAACAGACUGGAAAAAUAGUGAUGUAGCAGUGAUUAAUCUUAAGAUAAUAGACAUCAACGACCAUCCACCAGUCUUUAUAAACAAUGAAGCCGAAGCCACUGUUGAUAUAUAUGAAAAUAGUGAUAAUGAUACCCAUGUCAUAACUGUACCUGCCAUUGAUCUGGAUACUGGUAACAAUUCUAUUAUUGUCUACAGGAUCCUUAAUCCUGGUGUUCCGUUUUCUGUAAACAGUAGUAGUGGAAGGCUGGUUUCUUCGGGUACAAUCGACAGAGAACGAAAUGGAACUGUUAUAUCUAACUAUACUGUUAUUAUUGAGGCUUCAGAUGGAAAAUAUAAUGAUAACCUAACCGUUACUAUAUUUGUCAAAGAUAGGAACGACAACUCGCCACAAUUCCAUAAUAUAUCGGUAAAUGUUUCUGAGAGGUUUACGGUAAACAAAACGAUACUUACAAUAGAUGCUAUUGAUGUAGAUGAUUAUCAGUCUGGUAAUGGACGUGUUUUAUUUAAACUUGAUGAUGGACAGCAAUCAUGUCCUAUAUCCUUAUCUGCAGGUAAACACCUAGCCGAAGUGCUAUUAUCAUCCAAAUUAGAUUAUGAGAGGACGAUCAGUCACAUGUGCACAAUAAUUGCUUACGAUAAUCCAUGUAACGCAUCAGAAAGUAGAUCCACAACAGCGACGCUUACCAUCAACGUCCUAGAUGAAAAUGAUAAUAUACCAGUAUUUCAACAUUUUAUAAAUCAGACCGAUAUAGACAUCGAUGUAGCCACAGGAACAGUUAUUAUUGACAAAAUCACGGCUAGUGAUGACGAUUCUGGCAGUAAUGGUGACGUCAACUUCUAUAUCAAAGACCACACAGUGAAACCUUUUGAUAAAUUCCGUAUCAACAGUACUACUGGUAGAAUAACAGCUGUGGGAAAUUAUUUAGCAGAAGAUAUUACAGUAGUUUAUCUGGUAGUGAUAGCUAGAGAUAGUGGACAACCACCUUUAGAAACAGAGGCAACGAUUCGUGUUUCCAUAAACAAUUCUGAUUCCAGACCAAUAUUUAAAGAUAUUUUCCAAAUUUAUAUUGUUGAACAUCAGGAAGCUUCUGAAGUAUACUCAAAAUUGACAACCAUUGUGGCGUUUGAUAAAAAAUACGGUGCUGAGAAACUUUGCGUCUGUUCAUUUAAUAUAGCCAGUUCCAAACAUCAAAGUUUAUUUAGUAUUGGGUCAAUAUCUGGUGUUAUCAAACUGAAAAAAGAAUUAGAUCGGGAAGUUGUUGGUUCUAAGUUUAACUUAAUGAUAGAAGCUAUUGAUGACGAUCAGCCUAAGAGAACAUCAACCGCAACUGUAACAGUUAAUGUAGUUGAUAUAAAUGAUAACCCACCUACAUGUAAUAAUAAUACAGAGUUUGCUAUAAAUCAGUCCUCACCGAUUGGUUCAAUGGUUGGUGAAAUAGAAGCUCAAGAUCUAGAUGAGGGUGUAAACGCUGUUUUGAACUAUUCUCUAUAUGAACAUAAUGAUUAUUUUGAUGUUGAUACAACCUCGGGAACAGUAAAACUGGUCAAUUCUAUUGUUCCGUCUAAAAUGAAACAAAUCUUUCAGAUGACUGUUAAUGUUAGUGAUGGAAAAACACCAGAAAUGUGUCCUUUCCGUGUACACGUUUUACCAGAUAAUACUAGCCCUCCCAAAUUUACAUCAGGUGAAUAUAAGGCGACUAUAUCUAUUAAUGGUAAAAAGGGAGAUAAUUUAGAGAUGUCAGUAGAAAUAAACGCUACAGAUAAAGACAAUGAUACUAUAACUUAUAGUAUAGAUCCUAGUAAAAACCAGAAUAUGGUUACUAUAGACCCGAAUAGUGGAAUUAUUAGUUUAAAUACUGAUAUAGAUAUAAAUACAAGAGAUGUAACACUAGUUAUAAUGGCAGUUGAUGACGGCACUCCUAGAAAAACCGGGUCAAGUUCUGUAGUUAUUACAGUAACUGGUGGGUUUUAUGUUGCACAGGGAAAAUAUGACAAUAUUAAACGGGAUGCUGAAAAGAUGACAUUGUUUCAGAUAUUAUUCAUUGUAAUGUUAGUGGCUCUGUGUAUUUUUAUAGUUUUAACUGUGGUAGCAUGCUACAAAUGGCGUGUAUCACACAGUUUGUCGGAUUCUUUAAGAACACGAUAUUAUACCGGGGCUAAUUCUAAAUGGGACGAUUUUACAUCAGGUCAUCAAUAUGCUGGACCGAGUUCAUCUGCUGAAGAAUUUCCUAGCACGUCAACAGGAACUGACGUGGGUUUACAUGUUAACAAAGCUUAUCACAGUUCAGGAACAUUAAGAAAGGACAAUACCUAUCAAACUGAAGUACCAGAUUAUGAAUGAUGGACCCCGUUAUCAAAUCCUAUAAAAUGCUGUUUUCAUUUUUUUAUAUUAUUUAAUUUCUGCUUAAUAGCAAUUUCCUAUUAUAUAUUUUUUUAUAUUUAACUCUGCUUAAUAGCAAUCUGUUUAAAAUACAGAUCUAUAUUGCAUUUCGACACACUGAGUAUUUUAAACGUGAACAAGUGUUUUCUGUAGUAAAAUCGUAAAAUCAUUAGAAUUUGUAAUAAUAUUUUAAGAAUUUGUAAUAAUAUUUUAAGAAUUUGUAAUGUUUUAAGAAUUUGUAUUAUUUUAAGAAUUUGUAUUAUUUUUAAAAAAAAUAUUUGUUAAUGAUAUUUUUGCAAAUCCAAGAUUUUAAUUUGUAUACAUCAAGGUCGCUGGACGAAUAUAAAGAGAUGCUUUAUGAAAGAUAAAA